CUUGGCUUUCGUUGUGCCCACUUGAGAUACCGACAAGAUGGUAUUUGAACUCCGAGGUUCGAAGCUCGUGGCAGUGAUUCUGCUGGCUUCGGGGCUGGACUUCUUGCUUUUUGGAUAUGAUCAGGGACUCUUCGGCGGGAUUCUGGGUGGUCAACGCUUUCAGGAUAUGCUUGGGAACCCCGGUUCCACGAUGACGGGUCUCGUCACUGGAGUCUACGAUCUCGGCUGUGCCACCGGUGCCGUAGCAGCUUUCGUCUGGGGAGAAAAAAUCGGACGGCGACGCAGUAUUAUCUUUGCGAAUUUCGUCGUCAUCGUUGGAGCCACGAUCCAGACGGCAAGCUUUUCGUACGCACAGAUGGCCGUCUCGAGAGUGAUCGCAGGGGUCGGUGUCGGCUUGUCGACAGUGGCUGUGCCGAUUUUACAAUCCGAGACACUGCCAUCACACAACCGUGGUGCACUUCUAGUCGUGCAAUCCGCUCUGAUUAUCAUCGGGGUUGCCAUCGCUUCGUGGCUCUGCUUCGGCUGCCUGUACGCCGACUCCAGCUUGCAGUGGAGAUUCCCGAUUGCGUGCCAGAUCCUCUUCUCCCUCCUGGUCCUGCUCUGCUGCCCCUUCAUCCCAGAAACGCCAAGAUGGCUCGCCAAGCACGGGCGCACCGACGAGGCUCGCCACGUCAUCUCUCGCCUUCUCGAUAAGCCGGAGGAGGACCCAGAAGUCAAGGGCCAGCUGAACGAGAUUCUCGAAGCCAUCGCAACGGAGGACCAAGAUGGCGAGCCAACCUGGACCGAGGUCUUCUCCAACGCUACCAAGACUCGCACUUUGCAGCGUGUCCUGCUCGGCAUGGGCCCAUUCAUGAUGAAUCAGUGGUCUGGUAUCAACGCCCUCUGCUACUACCUCGCCUACAUCCUCAAGUCAUACCUCGGCUUUAGCAGCUCCAUGUCUCUGAUCCUCGCCUCGGUUGCCUUCACUCAGUAUGCCGUCUUCUCCUGGCCACCAUACUUCUACAUCGACAGGAUCGGUCGCCGAUGGACAGUCAUCUGGUCCAGUAUCGGUUGCGCGAUUUGCAUGGCUGUCAUUGCCGGCUGUCUCAUCAAGCAAUCGCAUUCCAGCGCCGCUGCUGCCGUGGCAUUCAUGUUCCUGUACCUCGACUGCUUCACCCUCGGUAUCCUUCCAGUCUCUUGGUCCUACAGUGCUGAGAUCCAGCCUCUGCGUGUCCGAAACAAGGCCACCGCAGUGGGUGUUUUCAGCCACUGGUCAUCCAACUUCGUCGUGGUAAUGGUCACCCCAAUUGGUCUGGACCACAUUAGCGGCAAUUACUUCUGGAUCUGGGCCAUCGUCUGCGCCAGUUUCGUGCCUCUCACUUAUUUCUUCGGCGUCGAAACUUCUGGUCGCUCUCUCGAGCAGAUCGAUGAAAUUUUCUACAACAGCCCAAGAGCCCUGAUGGGUUUGGACAAGGAGGCCACAAGAGUCAUCCAUGCCACUGCUGCGGAUGAGGAGCACCGCUACAGGGAGUUCGCUGUUUCCGCAGAGAAGCGCAUGAGUGUGGUUGAGCAAAUUAGCGUUCAUGAGGAGAAGAACUAG